AUCUAUUUCGAACCAGGGUCUAUGGUGGUAACCCCACGUUAAGUCGCGUCUUUGGAUUAUUUGACGCGACUUAAUUCAUUAAUUACUUCCCGAGCUCAUCUACCAGCACAUGUAACAGUUCAACAUUUACGGAGGCCUUGGCGAUAAAAGCUACAGCAACAAUGGCGCCCAUAGCAGAUAGCGGCAAUUCGGCAUCGAAGAGACCACUAAAUAACGAUAGCAUUGAUGAUUACGACGUCGAUGAUGACCCUUUCGCCCAGUUAGGGAUUGGAGCUACGAACAAUGAGCCACAGUCCAAAAAGCGGAAAGACGCUACAGGCCUAGGAAUUGACGAGGCCGUAGCUGUCCAAAAGAAACCAAGAGCACCUAAUGUGAAGCUAGACGAGAGUCGUCUAUUAUCGGCGAAGGGCAUACCGAGGUUGCGACGAAAGGCAUGCGAUUUGAAGUUUAAAGGAAAAGGCCACGAAUUCUCAGACACAGCUAGACUUCUCUCAUUCUACCAAUUAUGGUUCGAUGACCUCUUCCCGAAGGCGAAAUUCCUAGAUGCUGCAGCCAUGGCGGAGAAAGCGGGCCACAAGAAGUACAUGCGCAUGAAGCGAAUGGAGUGGAUUGACGAAGGAAAACCUAAACUUACAUCGGUUGAGGACUACUACGAAGAUCUCUUUGGCGAGCCCAACAACGCACCCGAGGAACGUGCGCCUGCAGUGUUCCCCGCAAAGCUUGCGCCCAUAUUCCAGGACAGCGAGAGGGCUAAGACACCAGCCCGAGAUGAUGUGCCCGACGAUGAAGAUUUGUAUGGUGCCACGCCGAUUGCUACCAGGACUAAACAACCCGAAAGCACGUCGCUGUUUGGAGGUGCAGAUAAUGCGGCGAGACCUGCAAAUACAUCACUGUUUGGAAAUGGAGCCAAUACGUCUCACAAUGAUGAACCAGACGAGGACGACCUCGAUGCGCUGAUGGCCGAGGAGGAAGCACAACGAACGAAACCGCCUGCUCCUCUUUUCGGCAAUGGGGGAAAUAAUAUGUCACAGGAUGAGCCAGAUGAAGACGAUCUGGAUGCGUUAAUGGCCGAGGCCGAGGCUGAAGCAGCGCCGAAAGCUCCAAGUAACGGGUUUGAUGUUGCGCCGAAACUGGCCCAGACUGUUGAGAAUGAGGAGGACGACCUGGAUGCUUUGAUGGCGGAAGCGGAAGCAGAGGAUCAAGGUCAGAAUCAAGCAAAACAAGCUAGUGACGAAACAAGUCGGAACCAAGAGAAAGCACCAGGCAAGCCAGAAAAUGUAGCAGAUAUGGAUGAGGAAGAGGCCAUGGCUGAAAUGGAUGGUCUCUGGUGAUGACUAGGUAAUACUGGAUGCCUAGACUUGACGCGACGACGUAAUGAACUAAUGGAUAUACCUGACAACCAGGCACCUAAAAUGUAAUUUUUAAUGCUUCUUUGUGACUUGUGC